GCUGCCGCCGCCGCCGCCGCCUUGGAGGGGAAGACACUCGGGGGGGGGAGCCAGUGACGUCGGGAGUUUUCCUGAAAGUCAAUAACGAGCCUGGCGGAGGCGGCCGAAGCAACGGCGGCGGCGGCGGCUGUAGCAGCAGCCGGACCGAAGGCUGGGUCCCAGGCGGCUCCGGGCGCACUGAGCCGGGAGCGGGAGCCGCCGCCCUGACGUCCGCGGAUGCUGCGGCCGAGCUGCCCAGGCGGGCGCCUCCGUGAAUAGCGGGGAGGAGAAGCCGCUGUCUUAUGUAGCCGCCGCCGCCGCCCCUCCUGCGUUUCCCUCGCCGGCCGGGGCCUGGACCCUUCCCCACAGCGCUGAGGGGAAACAGCGGCCGCCGAAGGGCCGAGCCUGGCGGUGCUGUGGGGGGGGGGGCGAGGGAGGAGGGAGCGCGGGGGGGCCCCCUGCCCGGAACCGCCUCCGCCUUCCCGCCACUUCCACACCGACGGCGGAGCAUCCGCCGCCCUCGCCUCCGCCUCAGAUUGAUUUAAGAUACAGAAAAGUCAGAAGAGACUUGAAACUCAAAGCUAUACUGCAAAACAAUAUUUCUCUGAAUUGAAGGCUCAUUGUGGAGCUAUCAUGAGCGAUGUUACAAUUGUGAAAGAAGGUUGGGUUCAGAAAAGGGGUGAAUAUAUAAAAAACUGGAGGCCAAGAUACUUCCUAUUGAAGACAGAUGGCUCUUUCAUAGGCUAUAAGGAAAAGCCACAAGAUGUGGAUCUACCAUAUCCUCUUAACAACUUUUCAGUAGCAAAAUGCCAGCUAAUGAAAACAGAGAGACCAAAACCAAACACAUUUAUUAUCCGAUGUCUUCAAUGGACCACUGUGAUAGAAAGGACAUUUCACGUAGAUACGCCAGAAGAACGGGAAGAAUGGACAGAAGCCAUCCAAGCAGUAGCAGACAGGCUUCAGAGGCAGGAAGAAGAAAGAAUGAACUGUAGUCCAACCUCACAGAUUGAUAAUAUAGGAGAGGAGGAGAUGGAUGCUUCCACAACCCACCAUAAAAGGAAGACAAUGAAUGAUUUUGAUUACUUAAAACUACUUGGCAAGGGCACGUUUGGCAAAGUUAUUUUGGUUCGAGAGAAGGCAAGUGGAAAAUACUAUGCUAUGAAGAUUUUGAAAAAAGAAGUUAUUAUUGCAAAGGAUGAAGUGGCUCACACACUUACAGAAAGCAGAGUACUGAAAAACACUAGACAUCCUUUUUUGACGUCUUUGAAAUACUCAUUCCAGACAAAGGACCGUUUGUGUUUUGUGAUGGAAUACGUCAAUGGAGGAGAGCUGUUUUUCCAUUUGUCGAGAGAGCGGGUGUUCUCUGAGGAUCGCACACGCUUCUAUGGCGCAGAAAUUGUUUCUGCUUUGGACUAUCUGCAUUCUGGAAAGAUUGUGUACCGUGAUCUCAAGUUAGAAAAUCUAAUGUUGGAUAAAGAUGGACACAUAAAAAUUACAGAUUUUGGACUUUGCAAAGAAGGGAUUACAGAUGCAGCUACUAUGAAAACGUUCUGUGGCACCCCAGAGUACUUGGCUCCAGAGGUUUUGGAAGACAAUGACUAUGGUCGUGCAGUGGAUUGGUGGGGCCUUGGAGUUGUUAUGUAUGAAAUGAUGUGUGGCAGGUUGCCAUUCUACAACCAAGAUCAUGAAAAACUUUUUGAACUAAUACUAAUGGAGGAUAUAAAAUUUCCCCGAACAUUGUCAUCUGAUGCAAAAUCACUACUUUCAGGUCUCCUGAUAAAAGAUCCAAAUAAACGUCUUGGUGGAGGACCAGAUGAUGCUAAAGAAAUUAUGCGACACAGUUUCUUUGCUGGAGUGAACUGGCAAGAUGUAUAUGAUAAAAAGGUGGUGUUGAAGUUCCAUGUGCUGGUUCCUCAUUUCUUGACAAGAGUUCUUCAGAAGCUGCUUGUCCCUCCUUUUAAACCUCAAGUGACGUCUGAGACAGACACCAGAUAUUUUGAUGAAGAGUUUACUGCUCAGACUAUUACAAUAACACCACCUGAAAAAUAUGAUGAAGAUGGUAUGGACUGUAUGGACAACGAAAGACGACCACAUUUUCCCCAGUUUUCCUAUUCUGCAAGUGGACGGGAAUAGCUUGUUGUUUUGUUCUGCUGCUUCACGGUCAUAUUAGAUUUAUCACUGAAAAUGAUUCCUGACAUCACCACCAGUACUUGCUAUUAUUUAGGAUAGCAGAGCACUUUCAGAGAUCAUUCCAAAUUGAACAAGUUCCCUUCCUGACCAAUCGGCCUCUUUGAUUUAUCUGCAUGACAUUUUAUAUUGGUCUGAGGUCCCCUGCUGUUACUGCUGUCCACUGUCUCAGCAUGAAAGUAACAGUAAGAAGCAAUCCAAAAAUGUUGUGAUGUUAGAUGACAAAUUCUCAAUGGUGCAUUUUGUGCACAGCUGGUUAUCAUUCUCUUGUCUUCUCAGAGCAAAGGCUAAAAGACACGUUGAUCUGAGAUGUAUUCCUCACUUCUAGAAGACAAAUCAGAUUCUAGAAAAAAAUACGAUGGUUUGUGAUGAUUUCUCACAUCUCUUUGAGCUGGACAGAACAAGGAAUUGUAGAAGGUGGUGGUGUAUAUAUGCAAAGCUUGUGGUAGGCAUAUCAUCACUUGAAUCAGACUUGCCAUUAACAUCUGGAUGAAAACAUUCCGGAGAAGGACUUAUAAUUGUUAAUAUAUAUAAAUAUAUAUAUAUAAAUAUAUAUAUAUAUUAUUUUUUAAUUACUGUUGGAUACUACACAAGAAGCAAAAGGCUGGGAUCACCUAGCCUCCACUUAGACUUCCAGAUUCACGUGCAAUUAUGGAGAAUUGAACUUUUAAAAUGCAAGAAUUUAAGACAUAAAAGCAGCAACUGAAGUUGUUUAAAGGUCUUACAAUUUGCAUCUCUCUCAUACUUUUCUUUUUCUUUGUCGAUAUACAUCACCUUUGGAGGCUGAAGAAUGUAGGCAGGCAUAACAACAUCGCUUUUCACCAAAAUUUGUACACUAAGGUAAACAGGAGUUUGCCUUACAUGUUUUUACUUUUGAGUUUGUGAAUUAGCUUUUUUCUUCAGGUGUUUUAACGGAAUUAUUUUUGUUACACUUCAAUAGUAUUUAUUUUUAGUGAUGAUUGUAUGUAUCAUGUUUGCAAAUGCUGCUAUAUCCUAGAAGAGGCUUAAAAUUUAUUUUGUAAAGUAUGGAAGGACUGUACAAGCUGAACAAAAUAAUGCACUUUUUUCUCCCAUGUGAAGAUGUUAACAAGACUCUGAAAGUGUACCCUGUACUUUGAAUCAGGUUUCUGUAGUGGAAACAUUUCAUUAUUGUCAAGAGAAAAUCCCAGGGCCUGCACCCUCUUCUCCAUGUGGUAUAGGAGUCUGAUAAGUCACUUGAACUUUUCAGUGAUACGAAGUCCACAAUGAUUGCAACAAACACCCCUGUGCUAUAAUGUUUCAAACACUCUAUUAGAUUGAUGGGAACAGCCAUUUAAAAGUGAUGUUUGAUUUCUGGCCACAAGGGACAUAACAUUGUCAGUGUACUGAAUUACCUUUCUCGUCGUAUUUAUUGACUAGGAUAUUUGAAUCCUUUAUUUUGUUCUUUUAAGAUGUAAACAUGUUGAGGGAAGGCAAUCUCUAAUACAGCCUUUGGGGCUGGGAGUUGGGAUUUUCCAAAUGAGCCACUAAAUGUAAUAACAUUGCAUGCCAGUGGUAAUGACAUCACCAAAUGCCACUCCAUGGGAUUAUCAUCAAAGUAUCUCGGCUUCAUUAUGUUUUCAACUCCUGUAACAAACUGUGAUUUAGCUUAGUAUUACGAUUGCUGUGUAUGAAUGUGUACAUGACUUCUGAGAAGAAAAUAAUAUUUACAUGCAGAUGUCUUAGCCUCUUGAUGCUGAUAAUUUCGAAGUCCUGGAAUGAAAACCACUGCAGGCAGUGGGAACAUGCCGGGGCUAUCAAGAGGCACGUAGGCAUCUUAUGAAGGCAGCUAAGACAAACACAUACUUUCCAUAAGCAAAGUAGAUUUUAUUGUAUCUUUGCACCACAGUAGGUCAUGAUUAAUGGACACCUCUUGAGUGGAUGGAGUGCAGAAUAUAACUAUGUCUACACUUAGUGUUAAAGGUUGUGACACUGAAGUAGUAACGAACAAUCAGAAUGACUCAGUGACUAGACAGAACUUUUGUUUUAUGACCAGUGUAUACCAAAUGUGAUCACUUGAUAAUAUUUAUGGUGGUCCCGAUCCUGUGUUUCUUAUAUGCAGGAAUUUCUCUGCUGGCCAGAUGGACAGUGCAGUCAGUUGUGAAGUUCUCCUCACCAUUUAGUGCAGGAAAGGGGAGAGAAGAGCUCUUUAACCUUUGCCUCUAAUCCAAUGAGCAACCCUAUCAAGCAUUAACAUCACUUGUUAUCUGUGUGUCAGAUCUGUACCAGCCUAAUCUUGUAAGGGACACCACAUGCACAACUCUGGGGUUAGAUGUGGAAUCCCUUCCCUAAGCAGGGCCCUUUCUUAGGUAAGCAAGGGAUCUGCACAUGGAAUCACCCUGAUGGAAAGGAACAAGUAUGCCUUUCUAUGGCUUAAAUAUUUCCUAAUCCAUAUAGAUAUUCUUUUAGAUAUAAUAAAAUUAUCAAGCUGCUAUAUCUCAGUGUUAGAAUAUUAUUUAUAGAAGCUAUUGAAAUCCAUGCAAUAGGUUAAGUUAAGCAGUCUGGGAGUCAUUCCAUGGAGUCCCACUUCCACAAUUUGAAAAAUACAACAAAAUUGUCCAAAUUCUUAUUCUAAUGACCAUUUAAAAAUUAGUGUAUCUGCCUUAACAAUAUAUCUGAUUGAUUUCAGAAAUGGUAGCAUGAUGGUCUGGGAACAUAAGUAAGUUCUUAUUCUGUGGGCUGGUAGAAAGGCAAUGGUAGCUUUUAAAUAAGGGCUUGCAUUUGCAGGCCUGGCUGCUCUGUUUAGUCUUUGAAUUGGAGAUGGAAUAUGAAAUAGAUAACACACACACGAAGAUGGAUUCCUUGUGUAAACCAACAGUGAUGUUGGUUAAUUCAGUUGAAGUUAGCUUUGACACAAGACUGAAAGUAUUUACUCAUCAAAGUAAUAUUUGCUUUCAUUGCCACGUAGGACUCCUCUUCCAAGACGCACGCCACCGAUUAUUGCAUGCAUUGCACUUGUUUUGUUGUAUGCCCCAUAGCUUGCCUUGUGUAGAUUUCUAAGGUGCUGGAUAGCUGGUUAUUUGAUCAGCUCAGUUGUACGAUUGGCUGGGAAAUACAUGGGGUGCAAUCCAACAGCGGCCAUCUGCCAGCAGCAUGGAUACCAUUGGCGUAUCAGAUAACCCUCUUCAGCAGCCCCUGAAAUUGCUCUAGAAGGUUGGGAGGCCAUAUGCAGCAGAUUUCAGGAGGGUGGGAUGGUGGAAGAAAGGGAAGUCGGCUCAUGCUAUGUUGGGUGUCACCCAUGGUAUUUCAUAAAUGGAUGUAAUCAGACCAUCCUUCUAAAGUAGAUGUGCUCUACAAUUCCAGAGGCAUUCCUUUACAUGCAUUUGCUCACAAGUAUAUAUGCAUCCUUUGGGGGUAGUCGUUCUCCAUUUAUGUUUAUAAAAGCUCCAUUCAGUGAAGUCUGACAAGUAUCAUAAUGUUGAUCUUCAAAUAAUCUGUCCUCCAGUGGAUUUAUGGCAGGGGUCCCCAGACUUACCGAGCGGCGGGCCGGUGCCCGCCGCGCCGACCGCGCGGUGGGCCGGACUGCAGGGGAGUGCGCGCGCAGCGGGCCGGAGGGCGGGGGAGUGCGCGCCCGUGCGCAUGCGCACACGCACACGGGCGGAAAAAAAAUCGGCGAAAAUCGCUUGUGCGCAUGCGUAUGGGCCUCCCCCGACCCGGAAGUGCACCAGAAAUGACCUCUUCCGGGUCGGGAGAGGCCCGUACGCAUGCGCACAAAGGAUUUUCGGCGAUUUUUUGCCGAUUUUUCAGAUCGCCGCUGCGCCGCGCGCUGUGAGAGCGGGCGGCGGCAGCGGGCGGCGGGGGUCGUCGCGGGCCGGAUUGGAAGGCCGAUUGGGCCGCAUCCGGCCUGGGGGCCGUAGUUUGGGGACCCCUGAUUUAUGGCAUCACAAAAAAGCAGUCCAGCUGUUCCUGGCAUCUUCAGAGCAGGGGUAGCUAGCAGUGGAAGGUUUUGACAGGUGCAAAUAAUUCCUUAUUUGUCAGGAGAUUACACUUCAGCCACACAUAUCUAUGACUGCGGUCCUGAAAACCUCGUGUUGUCUGGUGGGGUGCAGGCUUAGGAAAACCAUGGAAGAUUUGCAGAGUUACCCUUUUGGCUGACAUGUGGGCACGCCUCUAUCACAAUUCAGCAUAGGUCAUGGUAUGGAGAACUUAGGUUUACCCAAGGUUGCAAAGAGAUCAACACCAAGCUGAAAUCUAGCCACUAACUGGAGACUAGGAAAUAAUGGUCUCUGCAGCUUGCUCCAUAGUCCCUGCCACCAUCACUCUUCCUUUGUACUACGUACUAAGAAGCAGCAGCUUUGGAUUCCUCACUUGACCCAGUUUUCCCUGCAGUCUCAUUAAUUGACAGGAGGAUCUAGAGGUGAGGAAGGUGCAGGGAGACCUCCUCCUCACAAUACUACAGAGGAGAACACCAUAGAAAUUUCUAUCAAGUCACAUUUCUCUAAUUUAUUACAAAUUAGCCCACAGAAUUUAAUAUGUUCCUAGACUGUACAAGGCAUAAGUUUUGGCAUGUCUUGUUCUGACUAUUUUUGUCAGCUCAAGAAGGCUCCAAAUAGUGUCACAAAUAUUUUAACAAUAGAUGGUCACCUGUCAGGUCAGGUUGUUGUUGUAUUCCACAUUGUGCAAGUCGAAGUCUGUGAACUGAGCUUUCCUCUACCUUCCGCUUGCAUAAGGUUGGCUACAGCCCACUGUAACCCAUGUUGUUGGCCUAUUGAGCAGAACAGUUAAAGGUGGCUUGAUAUUGCAUUUACUGUAUUGUUUGCAUAUAGAAUUUUGUACCUUUAAGUUACAUUUGAUGUGGGGAGGGAAAAGAAAGCAAAAAUGGUAUUUGAGUUCAUGUUCCUACAUGGAAUGACGAUUUGGAGGUUGAGAAAAAACUUCCAAUUCAUACUCAUAAGAAUACAUAAAUCAAUCAAAGCUGCAGCUAAAAGACACUCUUGAAACCUCUCUUCUGCUUCCCCACAGCUUACUCUUGAGUUUGGCUAGACUAUGACAGGAGUUUGAAAAAAAACAUAGUACAUUUCAGACUUGUUGACUCCAGCUUGUACUGGCUUCCAGGACAUUGUAUGUGCCCUCUUGUACUGCAGCCAUCUUUGAGGAAAUAGGUCGUUUCUAUUUAUGUUUUGGCAGUUUUGCACACAAACUUUGCUUUCCACACUAACAAUUCUUCCAAAACAUCUUUGCUAAUCGCAGAGCCUCUAUUCCAGUAUUGUUUUAUAAAACUUUUCAAAUUGUUUUUGUUUGCUUGCUUCUUGAAGCUGGCAGUUCUUGCACAGGCCAUGUGCUUUUUCCUAGAGUACAAAUGUAAGGUUUUUCCUUACUAACUGCAGGGUCUCUAUAUUACACCUCAAUGUACACACUUUGCUGCUACUGUUUGUACCGUCUACAGUAGAAUUUCCUUAUCUUGCUCCUGGUAUAGUGCAUUACAGGCAAGCAUGAAAUGUAAAGUAUUUAUUUAAAUAAAAACUCUAAAAUGGUAAUUGAAUUACCUCCCUGUAGCUUUAGAGUUUGUGAAAUUUCUUGACCUUGCUAGUUCUUUCAUUAGACCCAUGACAGAUCUAGUCAUAUGGUUAAGGACAUUAAGCAGACACUAAAAAAUCCAAGAAACCGUAUUACUGUUGGUCAUACUUAAACUGUUUAUUUCCUUAAGCAUAUGACCCACAAGGAUGUGAAAUAACAACAGCUGUUUUUUGUACACUGUACAUCCUUAGUAUUUUUACACAUAUAUGAUAGGGAUGCACAUUAUUUUCCUUCGUAAAGACAGCUUAAAUAAAGCACUAUGUCAAUCUGCUACUUAUGUGUUUAUUGUUGUUGCUUUUGUUUUUGAGGUGCAAACAUGUAUAAAGGUUGCAACAAAGGAGUUUUUAGUUUUAUCUAUGACUUGAGAGCAACUUUAUUUCAUGAAAAUGGUUUUAAAAAGCAAUAUCUUUGCAAUUGCAAAUUACUGCAGAUAUCUUGAGUGCUGUGGUAUACUUUAGAAAAGUAUAUAUCGUAAUAUGCAGCCCAUCUAAAAGCAAUUCUAAAAUUUUAUUCUGAUGUCUGUACAUUCUCAUCAUAUCUGUGAUAAUUGACAGAUAAUGCUAUGUGCAUUGUUAGCUGAUUUCAAUUUUUUAUGUUUAUUGGAAAUUUACUAUAACUUGCUGCCUUCCUUUAUGGAGGUUUUUUCUUUUCAAACAGUUGAAAAUUCCAUAACUAAAAUCAUACACCAAGUGCUAGUGAUGCGUAAGAUACUCACUGUCCAAAAAACCCACAGUCCAGGUAAUAUGGGGGGGGGGGAAUAAUAAAGAAUUGGAAGAGUACACAAAAAGAUGCAUGGUUUAUUAUAAGGUUUGUAGAUAGACAUAAUGAGGAGGACAAUAACAAGUAGAAGGGCUAUUAAGGGACAAAAAGAAUUUGUUAGAGUUUAUUUUAGGAAAACAUUCAAGGUGUAAAAGGAUAGAGCAAGUGCAAAAUGGAAGAUUCUAGGCAAAGGCUAUGGGUGGGAACUUGAAGAAGAAUGAGAAAGUAAGGUUAUGGAGAGCAUAAAAGACCAGAACAAGAAUAAGUGAAUAAGAAUAAGUGGCAAAUGAAAUUAUUGUACGAAAACUGAUAAUUCAGACAAUGCUUGCUUUUCCAAGAUUGUAGAAAACAGUUAUAAGUUUAGUUGAAGAUGUGGAACCAUCUUGAGAAAUGCAUAGAUUCCAACAAGGCAGAAGUGAAAAAACUAAACAUUUUGUUGUGUUUCCAUAUCAUAUGAGAAUACACAUGGUAUCUAUCAUGUUUUUGGUCUGUGAGGCCCAGAAACCAUUUGUGAUCUUUAGAAUUCAUUUCAAAGUUUACUGAUAUUUACAUAAUUAUUUUAAUGGAACAGGUUAUAUCACAGACAUAGUGAAAUAGAUAAGUGAUACAAUGUAUAAACCUCCAAGUUAUUAAAAUAUUGAGACUGUAGUAAAUAAUUUUGCUAUGUUAAAUUUGGUUAAUUAAAUUUCUCUUGCACUUUUCCUUUAGAAUCAAGACGUCUUACAGUAGAAUUAGAUAUAAAAAACAGCAAAACAAUAACAAUAUAAAAAUUCCGUAAAACGAUACCAACCUUCCCACAUAUGAAGAGACAAAAUCAACAGGAACCUGAGCAUAGUACUGUACAUUUCAGUCAGCAAUAUCACUUUGAAUGUUGCGGGCACUUCAUCCACUCAUAAUGUAGAACAUGUAAAACAUCUUAACAAAAUCUAGCCAUCACACAGUUGACUAUCCAUAUUUCUUUUAAUUGUCUGAGAUUUGUGCAUCUGUAGCAUAACCUACAUUUUGUGUUACCUUGCUAUCACUAUCUGAUAGCCAACACAGUAACUAAAAAUUCCAGGCUUGAUCUGCGAUGCACAGUUACCAGUCUUAAAAGUAGCGUAGCUUAUGCCACCCACCCUUUGAAUUGAUUCAUGGACUAUUUUACGGCAUUUUUGUCUCUCUGGCAUUAUUGCUUUCAGUUUUAGAUAGUUACAACAUCAACUAGCCCACCUGCAAUGGAAAUAAGAAUAUUAAAACACUAAUAAUAAAAUAGUCCAACAAAAAUUUUAAUGUUCACAAAUGACUCGCCAACCACACACACACACACACACACAUUGCGUACACACACCCGCUCCAUGUUGGAAUGUCCAAUUUACAAGAUGGCUCCACAUUUGAAAUUAACUGUUAAACUGGUAUAUAUGAUGAAGAAGAAGUAAACAAUCUAGCACCGGGUAGAAAGAGAAAACAUUACUAAGGAUGAGGGGUAGCCAAUGAAAGAACCAGAAAUGUAGUUGGAUGGGCUGCCUGUAACUAGUCAUUGAUAAAUUCUGAGUUUUGGUCAGAAUGAAAGCAGUCAGGAUGGGGGGGGGGAGAAGAGAGAGACAAGUAGAGUCUACAAUAGUCAAAGUGAGAAGUAAAAGUGAGAAGUAACUAAGGCAUAAACAGGCCUUUUGGCUGGCUCACACAUUCUUCUUCAUCAAUUGAUCUCAUCAGGUUAUUACUCUAAGUUGAAUGUGUGGAUUGUCUCCAUUGAUAUGCAUUGUAUUUGAGUGGGCAUCUAUGUGAGGUGGUUGAUCUGUGAUGUCAUGGUGGUGAACGGCAUCACUCGACAGCAUGUUCAACAGUCAAUGACUGCAGCAUAUGCAGUUGUUUAUGUAAGGCAGAAAUCUAGCAGGGUGGCAAAAUGGAAGAAUAGGAAGUUUAGCAGUAGAAUGCUUUAGAAGACUGAGAGAGAGAGGUGGUAAUCAAAGGCUACAACAUUCUUGUUCACUGAAUUUAUAGGAAGUUAGUUGAUACCAGUGGAAAAAGAGUUUGUGCAGAAACUUCCACAUCUGCUACAUUAUGUGUAAGAAAUGUCAAGUCAUUGGAAAGAUGAUUGACAAGAGCUAGAAAGCUAGUUAGUUUAAAAGAGAGGGGGAUAAGGAUGAGAGGGCAGAUAGCGAAAUUAGAUGAGAUGGGACAAAUUGUUGAGAGGAGCACAGUGAUAAGAGUUGUGUUACAGGAAGAAGACAGGUGGUUAUGCAUGUGCUGAACUUUCCAUUGAAAUCAAUGGGACUACACACCUUAAACUUUGUCUGGAUUGUGCCUUAGUUAUAUGUGUUCUCUAUAUAUUGUUCUCUAUUAAGUCCUUUUUGAUGACAGAAGGCAGAAAUAGUGUGGAACUCGUCCUCUUAAACAUGUAGAUUGAAAUUGAGCUCUAGAAUUUGAGUUAAUACUCGAGAGAAUUCUAAUAAUUGCAUAGCUGUUUGCUUUAGCCAUUUUUCAUUUUUAUUUUUGUAAAAUGACAUAGCUUACACGUCUUCUGUUUACUUCUGUCAAGCAUGUACACCUUUAUUUAUUUGGCUUGUUUUUCUUAAACCCACCCUGUUGCUUGCUGAAAGCUCAGGGUGGAUAACAUUAAGAAACAUUUCAAAACAUGUAUUUAAUAAAUAUUUAUUAUGUAUUUAUAAGGUUGAAAUGAAAUUAUUGCCUUGGUAAUCAAUAUUCAAAGCAAACUUGUUGUAAGUCUUUAGGUUUGUUACCAAAAUAUCUUUUAAGACAUAGGGGAUCAAAGACUUUGAUUCUGAACACGGUUUAGUGUCCAUCAAUAUCACCUACUGAUAAAUUCUUUGCAGGAUUCUUACAAUUAGUUAUCGGAGAUAAAAAUAUUACUUGGAGAAAUUAAUAACUUUCAUUUUAAUAUUUAUUAGGGGUAAAAUUAGCUUAUUAAAAAUGACAUGCAACCCAGAACUUGCUGCUUUGCCACUGGAUAAAUGUUCCUAUGUCAGCCUCUUCGGUUUGGUACAGAUUGAAUAUAUUUAAGAGAUUGGGACUGUCUACUCUCCUUCUUCCAUGAGCUCACAUACUGUUCCUCAUCUCCCUUUGACUCCCCCUGUCCUUGUUCAGUGCUGACUGCUUAGCAUCAUGUCUGCACUAAGCUAACAAUUAACUUAUUGCUAGCCUUAAACCAGAUUUUGAUGUUAAGUUUGGAAGCUGAUUUCAAAUUCUGAUUUAACUAUGAUUAGUGAUGAAAUCAGUGCAGACUUAAUCAAGUGCGGACAGAGGGAAGAGAAGUAGGAGCACAUAAGCCAGAAGCCAAAGGAGUAUGUGAUCUUGAAGAGCUCUUCUAAUAUCUUAACCAAGACAAGUGUUUGCGCCAAGUGUUUAUGCAACACCAUGUAUAUAGAAAGAAGUUUUGGUGCACAAACAUGCUGAUGGCUCAGACAGCUACUACAGGCAUCUAUGGCAGAAGCCUUCUUCUAGUCAUGCUUCUUGCAAGGAGAAACCUGCUCUACUUAGGUUGCCCAAGAAUCACCGUUGCAGCACCUUUGAUUUUCCAGUAGACAGGAGGAACUGCUGUUUUUGCCUGACGUUGUGAAGGGGAAGAACAGAAGAACAGCAAACACCAGAGAAACUAUGAAAGUAGUCUUGCAGCUUCUUCUUUACCUCCCUAGCGCAGCUCAAAUCUGGCAAGAAAAGACAAGGCCGUAGCCAUAUUCAGCAGCCAUAUUCAGCAGCCAUGGCCAAUAGUGGUUCCUUCUUAAGGAAUUCUCUCUUAUUAAUUCAUCAGAUAAGGAAGAGGUGGAUGGAGGGACACCAGCAUGGGCUUGCUGUGGUUGAUGGAUGCCACAGGGGCACAGAAGUUUCCAAGGUCCCUUCUAAGGACCAAACUUAGAUGCACUGCAACAGACCCAUUUCUUUAAAUGCGGUUCUGUACUGACCACGUACAAAGGUAGAGAUCUAAUUUAAAGAGCAAAAGGGAGUCGCUUUCUACUCGGCAACACUCUCCCAGACAACUAACAGUUUUUACAGAAUGUCUUUGUGGUGCAACAAGAGAAUUACAAACGGGGCAAGCUCACCUUCCGAGACAGGUAUUUAGAAGCUUCAGCAUCAAAACCAGCCCUGGUUGGACUGCACAGAGAGGUAAGCCAUAGGCCGGGAAGUGAAGGUUUAACACCUUGGCACUGCAUGCCCUUUUUGUUCUUUAAAUUGAACCCCUACUCUCCUGCUUUGGAGGCGCAUGGCAGCAACAAGGAUUGUGACCAUUGUGCUUUUUGGCCCCAAAACUCUAUGAACCAGCACUAAGGAGAUAACAGUCUUAAACCAAAGAGUCCCGGGGUAUAAAAGUGAAGAACAUUUCCAUGUAAGUAAUAUUUAGCAGGAAAAAUAAUUCAGUCCAGGAUAAUUGAUGUUAUUUGUGGGAAAGGAAAAUUAACUGCAGUGGGACCAUUUAUAAAUCCAUGAGAAAGAUCACUACCAGUAUUUCAUUUGCCCAGUAGUAUUGUUUAAAUGAUACCUAUCCAUCUCGGGUGCUUACUGAAGUCCUCAACAACUUUGCAACAUUGUUGUCUUGCUGUAGCAAAAUCCUGCAGCUGAGGUCAUGGGAUCAAUAUAUACACCUUUAAAAGUUUCCUGUCUCUGAACCAUAAUAAAAUUGAUUUUGAAAAACAUCUUAUGUUCAUCAGGGGUCAGCAAGCUUUUUCAGCAGGGGGCCGGUCCACUGUCCCUCAGACCUUGGGGGGUGGGCUAUUUUUUUGGGGGGGAGAAUGAACAAAUUCCUAUGCCCCACAAAUAACCCAGAGAUUUUAAAUAAAAGCACACAUUCUACUCAUGUAAAAACACCAGGCAGGCCCCAUAAAUAACCCAGAGAUGCAUUUUAAAUAAAAGGACUGUCCGCAUGCUGGAUUUAGAAGGCGUUUGGGCCGGAUCCGGCCCCCAGGCCUUAGUUUGCCUACCCAUGUUCUAAAUAAAUAAAAUGUUAUCUGUGGAAGAUACACUUGUGUGCCUUGCUUAAAGGUUAACAAAGACAUGUAUUUUAUGACAUAUCUAUUUAAAACAAUUAAAUAUCACCUCUCCAAGCCAUGAGGCAACUUCCAGCAAAAAACCCAGAAGUAGCAAUAAAAACAAUAAUCUAUACUACAGAAAUGAGCCAACAAUGCUCUUUCCCCUCCUUGCCAUCCACUUCUCAAAAGACGGAUGCUUUGCACCUUCUCUCAAAAGCCGCAAAACCAGACCAGUUUCUAACCUUGCUAAGGAAGUUGUUCUGCAACCCUGGAGCAAUUGUAGCCCUGCUCCUUAUCUAGAAUUUGAUAAAGGGCAAGCAAUAAAUGUUGGAAGUUAAAAAAA